AAUAGCUUUCAAGUUAAAACUAUUGUUAGGUAUUAUUUUAAAAGUUUUGUUUUUGUUUUUUGUCAUAUUACCUUCCUGUUAGUUAAUGAGACACCGUUAAUAUUUAUACCCAUUGGCUCCCUUACAUAUUGUCGAGUCUCGCGUCUAAACUAACAUUCGGUCGAUACGUGAACCUAAAAAAAAUAUUAAAAACUCGUUUUUUGACUUAUAAAAAGUUAGGCUAUAGACAAUAUCAAUUACUCUUCAAAUAACUCAAUGAGUAACAUAACUAUAAAAUUGCAGCACCGACCACCGUGUCUGCAGUACAUUAAAAUGGACCAGUGGAAAGGCAGAAACGCGAUCGUCACAGGUGCCGGAUCGGGCAUAGGAGCGGCCACGUCAGUAGAGCUGCUCCGACAAGGAGUAAACGUAGUCGGGUUGGACAUCCAGUCGGAAAAGCUUGAGAAAUUGGCAAAUUCGUUAGAAGACGUCUCAACUCAGGAAGGCAGCCGGCGAGGAAUUUUCUAUCCCAAGACCUGCGACAUCACCGACGAACGAGCAGUACAAGAUGUGUUUGGUUGGGUGGACGCUGCGCUCGGUGGCGUCAGCGUGUUGGUCAACAACGCUGGCAUCAUAUUGCGAAGUAGUCUGUUGGACGGUACGUUGAAAGAUUGGAAAUGUUUUAUAAACAUCAAUGUGUUUGCUCAAUGUGUGUGUUCGAGAGAAGCGUACCGAUCGAUGUCUACGAACAAUAUUAACGGGCACAUUGUUCAAAUAAACAGUAUUGGCGGUCAUUCUAUCACUCCGUAUUACGCGCACAAAAUGUACAACGCUUCUAAAAGAGCCAUUACGGUGUUGUGCGAAGGUCUUCGACACGAACUUAGUCUUGUAAAUUCAAAAAUCAAAGUAUCGAGUAUCAGCCCGGGUAGCGUGGAUACGGAAAUUUUCAACACCGCAAAAUUCAGACCAUCAUCUCAGGUCGUCAGUUCAAGACCAGCUUUGAAACCGGAAGAUGUAGCAGCCAUGGUGAUCGCUACUUUGGAGACGCCUCCCAGUGUGGAAAUAGCAGAACUAACAGUUAUUCCCACAGGAUCAACUAUACAAUCCCACGGAAUGCCUAGUCCAGUCAAUUUAUCUAAUAAAUAAAUUUAAUUUUACGACCUAUAGUCGACCUAGUAUGUAUUAGAUCCCACUCAAAAUGAACUCAUGUUUAUGUUUUAUUUUUUGCUUGAAGAGUGUAUAAUAAGUACGUUUAUAUUGUCUGUAA